UCCAAGCGAGCUACCCGUGAAUCUGUGGCCCGACAGUACCAACCCGAGAUGGAUGAACAAAGGCGACAACGCAUGGCAGCUCACGGCCGCGACGCUGGUGGGGCUCCAGAGUGUUCCGGGGCUGGUCAUCCUCUACGGCAGCAUCGUCAAGAAGAAAUGGGCCGUGAACUCCGCCUUCAUGGCGCUCUACGCCUUCGCGGCGGUGCUCGUUUGCUGGGUCGGCUGGGGCAACCGGAUGUCCUUUGGCAGCAGCUUCAUCCACAUCCUCGGCCAGCCCGACGUCGCCCUCGACCAGAAGUUCCUGCUCCAGCCAGCGUUUAUGGGGAUGUUCCCGACCGCCACGAUGGUGUACUUCCAGUUCGUUUUCGCGGCGAUCACGCUGAUUCUCAUCGCCGGCGCUGUGCUUGGCCGGAUGAAUUUCCUGGCCUGGAUGCUGUUCGUACCGCUUUGGUUGACCUUCUCGUACACCUUCGGGGCGUAUAGCCUGUGGUGCCCCGACGGCUGGUUGAUGAAGCUGGGCGUCAUUGAUUACUCCGGCGGCUUCGUCGUCCACCUCUCCUCCGGCGUCGCUGGUUUCACCGCCGCUUAUUGGGUGGGACCGAGAUCGAACAAGGAUCGAGAGAGGUUUCCGCCGAACAACAUAAUACUGAUGCUGGGAGGCGCGGGGCUGCUGUGGAUGGGGUGGACUGGAUUCAACGGCGGCGAUCCUUUUGUCGCCAGCGUCGACGCAUCUCUCGCCGUCCUCAACACCCACGUGUGCGCCGCCACCAGCUUGCUCACGUGGCUGCUUCUCGACAUUCUCUUCUUCGACAAGCCCUCUGUCAUCGGCGCCACCCAGGGCAUGAUCACCGGCCUCGUCUGCAUCACUCCCGCCGCCGGAGUGGUGCAGGGCUGGGCCGCCAUCGUGAUGGGGCUAGCGUCGGGGAGCCUGCCGUGGUUCACGAUGAUGGUACUACACAAGAAGAUACGAUUGCUGAAGCAAGUCGACGACACGAUGGCGGUGUUCCACACGCACGCGGUGGCCGGUAGCCUUGGCGGUAUCCUCGCCGGAUGCUUCGCCGAUCCCAAGCUCUGCCGGCUGUUUUACGCGGUCCAGGACUGGAAGCGGUACACGGGUCUUUUCUACGGGUGGCACAACGGCGACACCACGGCGGGGUUCCGGCAGCUGGGAGUUCAGCUGAUCGGAAUCGCGUUCGUCGUGGGGUGGAACGUGGCGAUGACAAGCUUGAUCUGUGUGUUGAUCGGGAUGAUCGUGCCGCUGAGAUUGUCGGAAGAAGAGCUUAGAAUUGGGGAUUACGCCGUUCAUGGCGAGGAGGCCUAUGCUCUGUGGGGCGACGGCGAGAAGUUUGAGCAUUCCAAGCUCAGCUCAACUCCAUGGGCCUGAGAAAUUCUUUGCUAAUGGGCCCAGAGUGCAAUGGACUGCCCAAAAUCAGCUGUAAAUGUUUAGGGGGUAUUCUGGAUUUGGGUCUGAGAAGGCUUGGUGGGCCUAGCAAGCCCAUGUUGGCCACAUAGCAAAUCUCAGAACAGAGUCUGGGUUGGGCCGAAGCGUGGCUCGAGAUAAAGAAAGUAGAAGGAAUCAAAAGAAGAAAAAAAAGGGUAAAUUACCCCCA